AUGGAUCCAGACUUUAUUGAUAACGUUAUAUCUUUGCUAGAUGUUCCACCCAAAGCAACAGUAGUUUCUCAAGAAUAUGCAAAUACAAAUAACUUUGCAAGAGAAGUCCAAGCAUAUGCCAAAAUAGCAGGACGUGAUUGGACGUAUUAUGUUAAGACUUUAAAGGUAACAAUAGGAAGAAAUACAUCUUCUGCAUCAUCUGGAAUUGGUAAUGAAGAAAGAAAAAAUGACCCGGAGGACAAUGUAGAUAUUGAUUUGGGACCAGCUAAGGUAGUGUCUAGAAAGCAUGCCAAAAUCCAAUACAACUUAAACAACGGUGCUUGGGAAUUAUUAGUUGACGGUAGAAAUGGUGCUAAAGUUAAUUUUACAAGAGUUCAAGCUGGUCCCAAUAGCCCCUCUAUCAAGUUAUUUUCCGGAACAAUUAUUGAUAUAGGUGGUACUCAAAUGAUGUUUAUAUUACCUGACAGUGAUCCUGUUUUAAUGCCAAAUGUUUUAAAACAUCUUGAGCCAAAAUUGCAACAGUUACAUGAGCUAAGACAAAAAAAUUCAGUUAAAGGGUUCAUUAGGAUGUACAAUAAUGAUAAUUCCGCUAUUUCUGUUCCCGGUGGUCCUAUUCAACCUAUUAAUGCUGCUACACCUACUUCUAAUGCUACUAGAAAUACUGGUGGCUAUGUACUGCAACAAGACCAACAUCAAUACCCACAACAAGAUCAGCAAGUUUUAGAUAAUGGAUAUCAUGGAAUGAUGGUUAUGAAUGGAAAUAACACUAACAUGCUACAGGCUCAUUUUGAAGGGGGUACUAUUGUAGAUCCAGGGUUCCCCUCUACUGAAUUGAAUUCUGAUCUAUCUCGCCCAGAGAACAAAAAUGUUAAACCACCAUUUUCUUAUGCAACUAUGAUCACACAAGCUAUUUUAUCCACUCAUGAAGGAGCGAUGUCCUUAGCUGAUAUAUAUAAUUUUAUUGAGAACCAUUAUUCUUAUUAUAAGUAUUCUAAAAGUGGUUGGCAAAAUUCUAUUAGGCACAAUUUGUCAUUGAAUAAAGCUUUUGAAAAAGUGAAUCGUAGACCAGGCGAGCCAGGCAAAGGUAUGAAGUGGAGAAUUGCUGAAAAUUUUCAAAAAGAAUUUUUGGACAGAUAUAGAGAGGGGAAAGUCUCUAAAAUUAAAAGAGGCAGUAGUGUUGUUAGACAGUUACAAUUGCAGUUAUCCAGAUAUGGCACUAUACCAAUCCAAAGAGAAUAUUCAGCGGGAAACAACCCUGAAGAUAACAGUCAUGGCAUUAAUAAUAAGAAGGGCAAUGAUGAAUCAUCUAGGGUUAAAAAGAAAAGAAAAACCUCGAAGAAAAGCGCGGAGAAGGGUGCAGAGAAGGACAAUGGCAUGGCAAUGAAUGUGAAGACCGCCGUUAAUACUACGCAACAAUUUGUUGAAAAUCAAAGCACCAUGAAAGACAACACCAUCAACAAUAAUACAAUGGGUUCUAUAAGUACCGUUGAUGGAAGCACACUUAGUCAUCCCCAAAUUUUGCAACAACAACAACAACAUAUGAUUAGUAAUGAAAGUGUCCACAAUCUACCACGUAUCUCUUUACAACAACAAUAUCCAUUAACCACACACAAUACACAAAAUUUUCCGUUCAAUUCUGCUUCUAGGUUAUUAGUUUCACCAAUGCAUCCUCAAAAUUCUCAGACAGAGCUUCAACCGCAACCAUUGCAACCACAAGCAAAGCUACAACAACAAUCAGAUGAACAACUUAAUUAUGCUUUAGGCUAUGAUUUUAAUAGUCAACAACAAUUAACGAAUAAUGUUGAGUCCAAUAAUAAUAAUAAUAGUAAUAAUAAUAAUGAUAAUAAUAAUAAUAAUAAUAAUAAUAAUAGUAAUAAUAAUAAUGAUAAUAAUAAUAAUAAUAAUAAUAAUAAUAGUAAUAAUAAUAAUAAUGAUAAGAAUGAUAAUAAUGAUAAGAAUAAGAAUAAUGAUAGUCAUAAUAAUAAUAAUAUAAAUAGUAAUGAGAAUAAUAGUAGUAAUGAGAAUAAUAACAGCAAUAACAACAAUAACAUUACGAGAAUUGCCACAGAAUCACCUAUUCGUCCUUCAAAUUCUGCCACACUGCCACCACCUUCAUCACAUUCUCAUGUACAUAUUCAAACUGGUGGUACCAGUAUUACACCUUCUGCAAAUGAUUCGUUAUUGAGGUCACCAGGCGCUAAACAUUUUUCAAUAUCAGCCGUGGAAGCAUAUACUCCAGAAAGAGGAAGCAAUAAACUAAUAUCACUAAAUAAUAGCCAUACUAGAAACACUAGUAAUGCUAGCACAGCAAAUGUUAACACCACUGACAAGAAUAAUGUUCAAGGCAUCAUUAAUAAUAGUAAUGAUGUUAAAAAUGGUCAGAAAUCAUCUUUAGAUAUAAAUGGGAAUCCGAUGAAUGUAAACAAUAACAAUAUUGCUUUGCCACCAUCAACGGAAUUAAUUGGUGGAAGUAGCCAUAUUACAAACGCCAACAACCAUAUUAUAUUGAAAAGUCCAGAGGGGUUGUUGAAUACUGCUAAAGCUCCCGCUCAAUCCUCACCGGGUGUUUGGAAUUUAUUGCAAUUUAGUUCUUUAAAUAAUACGCCUGCCGAUCAUGCGCAUAAUUUGAUUAACCAACAUUUACAGCAACAUCAGCAGGAACAUAACAAAAGUGAUGAUAAUCUGCCUCAUAGUACUAUAGAUGAUACAAAGACCGCAGCUAACAAUGAUGAUGUGGUGCUUCACAAUCGCGAGAGUAAUACUGAAAGUGACAAUAAAAAUAACAAUAGUGCCAAUGUUAAAAACAGCAACAACAAUCACGUAGAAAUGAAUGCUCAGAAAAAAGAUGUAGCACAAGAAGAGAAAGAAGCUGAUGAUGAUGAUGAUGAUGAUGAAGGUGUCGUGAAUUUGGGUUCCUCCCCUUUGAAGAAAAAGGGUCUUGAUGCCGAUGGUAUUACCAAUAGUAAUGGAGGAAAUGGGAAAAUGAAUAAGACGCAGUUAAUGUUAGAUCAUGAUUCUGUAAAGAUUAAUGUGAUAAAAGAAUAG